CAUGACGUCUAUUGAGGGCAGUGUUCAACAUUAUUACUGUGCGUGAUUACAUCUCUGAAGGUACGCUAGGCCGUAUACGAUUCGUAAUGUACAUCCUUUUCACACGAAAUGCCGUUUCAAGUAAGUGCAUAAGUAAACACGUUGGAUGUUCUCCGUGACAGCAGGUGAGGAGAUGCCACAUGUGACUGCAAUACCUGAAUUAAAUGGAUGAUUACAACUGUACUGAUUGCCGACUGUUCGCUGUGCAGUACUUGUUCUCGAUAUAUCCUUAUAGUUAAUUCAUGUCAUCCUACGAGUGUGGUGUAUGAAAUUCUUCCUACCUAUAACAACUACAUUUACACCUUCCACGAUUCUUGUCCUCGUUUUACGUGGGCUGCUUCGCUGUCAACAUGUUCAGCUGGCUGGAAGCGGGCAUUGCUCCGUGGUAUUACGUCACGUGACCGUCAAGGACAAGCUCCUUAAACACAAAGCAAGCAAUGCCGCACCGGUGUCGAGAUUCGUCUGAAGGUACGAGAGGAAACACAGCGUGUUCAGUUCGGGGCGCGCUGUUAUAAGAGACGACAGUGAGGACGAAGAGCUCUGCAGCCGGCUACCUGAACGGUGGAGUUAAGUCAUGCCGCAGCUGAGCCUGUACCACACCGAGGCGAGCCCGCCGUGUCGGACCGUCCGUAUGCUGGCACGCACUCUCGGUCUCGAUCUGCAAUUGGUUGAUGUGGACAUGCUGCAGGAAGAGCACCGUAAGCCAGAAUUCGUCAAGAUGAAUCCACAGCAUCAGGUGCCAGUUCUCGAUGACAAUGGAUUUUACUUAUCAGAGAGUCGAGCGAUUAUUGGAUAUCUCGUGGACAAUUAUGCCAAGGAUGAUUCAUUAUACCCACGGGAUCCUAAGCGAAGGGCAACUGUCAACAGGAUGUUGUUUUUCGAUGCUGGAACACUCUGGAUGAGCUACAGUGAUUAUCAGAUGCCAAUCUUUUACGGUCAGCCUGGCGAUCCAGAGAAAGAGAAAAAAAUGAUGGCAGCUUUCGAGACGUUCGACAAGCUCCUGGACGGUAAAGACUGGGCUACAGGCAACCACGUCACCAUUGCUGAUUACGCCCUCGCUGUCACCGCCAGCAGUGCUGAGUGGUCAGGAGUGGAUCUCAAGGCGUACAGCAACGUCUGCAGAUGGCUGGAUCGCGUGAAGAAAGCUAUUCCCUGCUUCGACGAGAUAAACAAUUCAUCGUUUGCUGCUUUAAAGGAACUGUUACAGAAGCUGACAGAGAAACUCGCAGAGAUGUCGGUCAACAAACAAUAAAUGGAUUAUAUAUUAAAUAUUUAGGUUGCUCUAAGAACAGUAAUUACAUCAUCAGUAGCUGAUAAGAAUCCUUCAAUAAAAAAAGAUAUUUUUGUA